CCCGGGGCAGUGCCGGUGGAACCGUUUUCCUCUCUGUGUCUCUCUCUCUCUCUCUCUCUUCCUUUUUUCGUCAUUUUUUUUUUCGUUCUGCCAACUCGUACUCGUUCUUUUUUUCUGAUUCUUCUCUUUUACAUCAUCUCUGGCUGCUCUUUUUCCAAUUGAAACUUGCCCCCUAUCUACCGAUCUCAGUUUCUCCCCGCUCUCCUUGCUGAUUCCUAUUAAUUCUAUCCCUCUAUCGUCAAUCAAUAAACUAGCGAUGGCUCCACCUCCGACUCCGUAGCUCUACUUUAGCUUCAACUUCCCCCAUCCAAUUUCACAUGGAGCCUCUUUCAUUCCGCCUAAAUCCAUCCGAAGCUAUUGCGUCGUUGUUUCUCCGGUUCCCCUCUUCUUAUCUAUCAACCAUUCCCCUCAAUGGGUGAUUACUCUCCUUUAACAACUCCAUACCAUCCACUAUCACCAUGGCUGUGAAAAUGCAAUCAGCUGGUGGCCAUACUAGCUCCGAUAGCGAAGACCUGUCUCUUCGCGAUCCUACGCGGGAGGAUGAAGCUCAUGAUAUGGUAGGGGUCAGCAUCAGUCGAACGCAGAGUCGCAUGAAGGCUCGUCGCACUCCAGCCGCGGAGAGAUCCCGCCUGAUGGGCCAGCAUGGCGGGUACUUUGAUGCCAUUCCCGACUCUCCCGAAUUCGACAAUGGCCUCUUUGCCAGCCAUCUCACUCAAGAACCUGAACAACUCCAGUCCUCGCAACCGCAUCCCUCGCGAGGAGCUAAGGAGAAACUGAAAGAUCACCGGUCCAGCUUCACACGCUCUCUUCUCAAGAAUAGCCUUCCGCUCCGCCCUCGUGCCUGGUCCGGCGAUUCCAUCACCAAUCUUCGUCUGAAAAAGUUCCUGCCGGACUCGUGGACGAAGCGGAUUGCCAGCCAGCCAGCUCCACGCACCGUCAAACCCGCCCCGGAGCCGGCGCACAGACGAUCUCUGACCGAAGAGUCCGCGGACGAGCCUAUCUCCGAUCUCAAGCCUCUGGCGGGAGCCACCGCCGCCCGCCAUUCAUAUGCCCGGCGGCCCACUGCCGGUGUUUCCAGCAAAGCGCCGCCAAUGUUGCGGCGUUCAUCUUCCGAUCAAUCGCUCUAUCUGCGACGCUCCUCUACAGCCUCCUCGCUGGAGCAGCGUCCUCGUUAUGAGCAUAUUCAUUCUCAAGUAAAUAGCCGCUUCAAAGCCAUCAAGGACAGUCUGCAGGAUUCUAGCAGUCGCCUCUUAAGCAUGCCUACUCUGCAUUUGCAGGAUCUCCGCAGCGACUGGGGAUAUCGACCCUUUCUUUCCGAGCCAUCCCAUCCUCGAAAAGUCCAUGACGAUGUGCCCGUCGCUUCCCAUGCGCGGCCACCGACGGACCCGACGGGACCGUCGUCGCUGCCGCCGCCACCACGUACGCGUUCGCCGCGGACCAGUUCCAGUGUCCAGCAUCCUCGUCUUUCCGACGCUAUGGAAGAUUUAACAGGCGAUGUAGUCAUUUUAGGAGGUUACCGGGGCUCGGUCCUACGAUCUGCCAAGCCUCCACAGCGCCAAUUAUGGGUACCAAUGAAAGUCGGGUUGAAUCUGCGCAAAGUCGACCUCGAGGUAGGCUUGAACCCAGACGACGAGGAACGAAUGGAAGAGACUAUCAUCCCAUCCGGGGUAUUGUCGCACGUCGGACCUGUGGACAUCUGUCGCCGCCUGAUGAAGCGGCUGCAGAAAUGUCCCAAUGCAACGCGCGGCGAUCUGCGCGUCUGGGAUUACGGUUAUGAUUGGCGUUUGAGCCCGCAUUUGUUGGCUAAACGUUUGAUCAAGUUUCUGGAAGGCCUCCCGAGUAAUGCUCCGGACACACCCCGCGAGAAGCGCGGAGCAUAUGUGAUCGCCCACAGUCUUGGUGGGCUAAUCACGAGACAUGCUGUCAACCAGCGACCAGAGUUGUUUGCCGGUGUUUUGUAUGCCGGUGUACCGCAGCACUGCGUCAACAUUCUCGGGCCGUUGCGCAACGGCGACGACGUUUUGCUGAGUUCCCGUGUCCUCACAGCUCAGGUGAACUUCACCUUCCGCACCAGUUUUGCCUUGCUGCCCGAAGACGGGCACUGCUUCAUCGACCAACGCACCAAAGAAGAAUAUCGGGUCGAUUUCUUCGAUGCGCAAGCCUGGGACGAGUACCGACUAUCACCGUGCAUCAAUCCCGCAUUGCCGGUGGGCAGCCCCAGCCGGGGCUUUGUCAAGGAAAAUCUUCCUCUCAUCAGCAAACGUCUAUCGACCGUGCUAAGCAGCAAGGAGAGUCUCCCAAGUGGAGGAUCAGCCUCCUCUUCCGAUGGUGGGGAAACGUCCGGCUCUCAGACGCCAGCCCCGCAACAGAGUGCCAAUCCACCCACCGCGGCCGCGAUGAAACCUGCCCCCGUGGCACCUCCGGCCGUUGAAGGGGCCAUCGGCCCCAGCUCCAACCUACGGGGUUCGAGCAACACCAAGGUCACUACGGCAGUGACAAUCCCUCGCGCCACCGCCAUUACCUACCUAGAGCGCACGCUCGCCGAGGUGCGACGUUUCAAGGAAGAAUUGGUCUUCGACGCAACCCACCAAGCCAACAAUCGAUAUCCCCCAUUUGCCGUGCUUUACGGGAAGUCCGUGCCUACCGUCUACGGAGCGCGGGUCGCGUCCCGCGAGAGCAUCAAGCAGCAUGAUGCGUACGAUGAUUUAGCCUUCGCCGCGGGAGAUGGCGUGUGUUUGGCGUCGGCGGCGAUGCUACCCCCCGGUUAUCGUAUCAUCAAGGGGGGUUUAGUUAAAAGUGAUCGAGGCCAUGUGGGCCUCUUGGGAGACCUGGAAGGCGUGGGUCAAUGUUUGCAGGCAUUGAUUCGGGGCCGCAGAGAGGGAGUUGGACUGGGGCAGUCCACUUCCUCGUCUUGAUUUUUGUCUUGACGUAUAUUCCCCCCUCUUCAUUAGACGCAUACGCUGGCUUACUGGGAGCCGCAUUAGACUCGAUACCCUCUUACCCUUGUUUAUGACUACGAUGGAUGAUAUAAUGAAAGUGAUAUAAAUGGAUGUUUGGACACUUGUCACGGCUCGUGGCUUGCGCAUACCUGCCAGUCUUGAGUCGCUCCUCUCUGUACAAUCUACCUGUGUGUGUACAGUACAUGCCUAUACCAUAAACUGUGUAUACUAUGCAG